AUGGGUCACCCGAAGCCUGUCGCUGUUGAUCUCUUAGCCGACCUACCUGCCGAUGUUGAUGUUGUUCCAGCUCAAUCCAUGCCCCCACCAAAGCCAAAAAGAAUCAAAAAGGCUCAGCCUAAGACCAAAGCUACUGAGGUUGAGGCUGAGGAUGCUCUGCCCAUCUCACAAUUGGUAGAGAGUAAAAAAACUACUUCUACUUCUGCAAAAAGGUCUGUUGAGGCCCAGCCAUCAGAACCCUCCCAAUCAAAGAAGCCCAGGUCAUCGUCUGCGAUGACCUCGGGUUCCAGAAUACCAAAAGUCCCUUGGAGACCAGAGAUCACUCUAGAAGAUAAGCCUGUCCUUGCCAGCGACAGCACCGAUGAUAUAAACGUCGGCGUGGCACUUAGUACUGCUCUACUCCUCCCAGGUGAUCUUGAGCGGAAUGCCAAGAUGAGUGAGUAUGAGAACUAUGUUUUUAUGCUGCAACGCUCUGUCCAAAUGAAAAAACUGGAGGACCAAGCUGAGGCCGCCACCAAACCCCAAAGUCUAGCCGAGGAAAAAGCUGAAUCUGCCGAGGCAAUUAAGAAGGUUGCCGAAGCCGAGAAGAAAGAGGCCGAGGACAAAAAGGCCCAAGCGGAAAAGGAACUUCAAGAUGCUUUAUUUACUAAAGAUGCCGAAAUCAAGGCGGCCGACGAAAAGGCCUACGCCCAGGAUGAAGAAGGUGAUGAGGUUAUCCCUGAAGCUGUUCCUGACACUGUUCCAGCCAAUAUCCCUUCCGAGGUUAAGAUUGUCGAACAAACUCUUCAGGAAAUUGACGCCAAAAUAGCGGUAGAGAAGGAGGCCGAGGUUGUAUCUGAUCUCCAAAUCCAACAAUCUGGAGGAGAAGACCCUUAG